GGAAUGUGUUGUCGAUACCUGAGUUACAUUUUAAAAUCUGGUCAUAUUUGCACAGAGUAAUUAUAAUCUGUAAACAAAGAGGUAUUAUUAUUCAUAGCGCGUAAUGUGAAGGAGUACUAUGAUGCUUUGCUUAUUCGCUCAUAUUGUACUCCGUGCUGUACGAAUUUUAUGGAAAUGUUUCCUAUUCUGCAGUGUCAGUAUUAAUUUAAUUCUGUUCGUGGGUCAGCUAAUUGAUGCUAGAAAGCUCUGCCAAGAAGAAUACUCCUCAGUAAAGAACUCCAACGAUACCGUUGUGUGGAAGGACUACAACUCAUCAGACAGUCCUAUCGUUUUCGCAAAUUCAAGUUGUCUAGAUGAAAAUGGCAAAACAAUCAGAAGAAAAUGUGUUAAUGGUACUUGGAUACCCAAAAUUCCGCCAAUAUGCGAUCAUUUAUCCACCAAUCUAUUUUGCCCACACGAUUUUUACGAAUACAAAGGAUUUUGCAUUAUCGAGUAUGAGAAAUACCUCAAUAGAAAUAAUUUAUCGACAUCAUUUAGUACCGUUAACAAAAAGAAUAUCACCAUUUGCAACGAGAAGGAAGAGGUAAAACGGAGUUCAGAAGCUGUAAAUUGCUGCUACAUGGUGAGAAGUGGAAAAUGGGAAAAAGGAAUGCACUGUAAUGCUUCUCAAUACGUUCUUUUACCCCAUGAUCAUCGGUUUCAUCUUUGUCCAGAAAAUUGUGUACAGUCUGAAGUAGGAACUGAAAAAUGCUUUUGCAAAGUUGAAGACGGACAAGAACAGAACCUUGCAGUUGUAAAAAGUGUUAUUCAUAAGAAUUUGUUUGCCAAACUAUCCGGAGAAGACAUCUGCAAAGUCAAGGACGAUAUAUCCAACGAGGGUACAGUUAUCACUCAUAAUUUUUAUGGAUCAUCAGCUAAAGUCACCAACUGCUCAAUUAUAGAGACGAGAGCUUUGAAAAGGAGUGAAUAUCCGAAACCAAAUUUGGUCAUGAGUUUCGAUCAAAAACGACGAAAACUUACUCUGAUGAUAGAAAAUCCUGAAGGUUUAUCUCAUUCCGAAAAAUAUCCCUUGACAUGCUUCACCAAUGCUGGAUUCGAUCCGAUCAGGAGGGCAAACAUCCACAAAAAACGAGGAACGAAACAUUUUGAAAGACACGACGUCAGAUUGGAGAAAUAUAUCGGACAAUAUUGGUGUGAAGCAUACGCUCUAAACUUGAUGAAAUUGAAAUCAAAUGUUGUAUUGGCCUACAAGGAAAAAAGUGGCAAUGAAUAUGCUCUCACACUUGCAAUGACAAAUGUUAGUGAUCAUUUCGAUACAGAUCACGGCGAGAUUCGUAGAAACUCCUUCCAGAAAAAGUUAUCCUCCAUGUUGAACGAUCUCAUUGAAGCUGAGGUUAGAUUUAUGCAGAUUGGGAGAUUGACUCCGGAGAAGGCUCUCGUAUUGCUCCAUUUAACUUUCAAAAAGCCACGAGAUAUUUUUGUGGAGCAUAGUUAUUUGCAGAAGAAGUUACUGCAACUACCAGGAUACAUAUUUGUUAUAGAUGUUUUACCAGUUGAUUAUUGUUUACCUGAUUCAACUGCUGUUGAUCAAAGUACUGAUAUAAUGCACUGGGAUUUAACUGAAAUUUGGGAGAGAAGAAUACCAAGACAGUUAUGUUUUCAAUCGAACGGAAUUCCUGUGUCACGAAUCUGUGAGGGAGAUUUUAUAUCAGGUGCUUCUUGGUCUGAACCAAUAGGAAAAUGUUCAGAUAACAUAGAAAUACCAAAGCUGACAAAAUAUCUGCAUGAAAGUCUUUAUAAUAAUAUAUCUAGCGAUCUAGUCAAUAAUAUCACAAGUAUAACUGUUGAUCGUCCUUUAUCGUACUUGGAGAUCUAUUUCUGCAGCGAAUUGAUUAAAAAGAUAGAUUCCGAAGAAGAUGAAAAUUCCAGUGUCAUUCCCGAUGUUUUUAAAAUCAUAAAUAACCUUUCUAAGGAAAAUAAGUCUACGCUAAACACAUCCCAAAUAUUUUUUAAUGCUACGGAUACUUUACUUUUAUUGUUGGACGAUCAAUUCUCAAGCAAACAUAAAAAGGAUGAAUCACUUUCCUUCUCAGCCGACAACAUCCUUAUCAGAUCCGUGUAUCCAUUCAAAAGUAACAAUAGUGGAAUAUAUUUGAUUGGGAAUUCGAAUUCAUCCUUGAAUGACAUGAAGUUAUCUUACCUACGUCGAAACGAGUCAUUUUAUGACAUAAAGCUAGAUUUACACGAAGAAUUAGAUUUAGCCGUUAGUGUACCGGAGGCAGUGCUCAAGUCUAUAGAAGAGGAUGCUGCUGACUUGGAGGAGAUACAAAUUACUUUUACUGUAUUCUAUGAAGAUUCGCUCUUCCUAAGUAACCAACAUAAGGCUGCUAGCAAGGUUGUGAGUAUUACCAUUCCAGGUUAUGGAAGUUAUUUGGAAGAACCAAUUCCCAUUUUGAUGAGAUCUUCUGUUGCCGGUGAGGGCAGCUGUGGUUUUUGGGAUUUGGGACAAAAAUUCCAGAGAAAAAGAGGCGAAUGGUCCUCGUUUGGUGGAUCCUACGCAGGAAAUUUCUUGAAUGAUCCUCAACUUCACAUUUGUAAUUUUUCUCAUUUAACACAUUUUGCUUUACUCAUUGUGAGUGAACCCAUAAGGGUCGAGGAGGGGUUUGAAGAAGUUACAGAGUUUAUCUUCGAUGAGGAAGAAACCAAUUACUACUUGAAUGUCAUAACAUUCAUUGGUGGAGUGCUGUCAGUUAUCGGAGUUCUUGGAAUAUACAUCACUGCAAUGGCUUUUCCUCCAUGGAGGGAAAAAGAUGGCACCAAGAUACUUAUAAAUUUAUCUACAGCUAUAUUGUUAGAGAUAGUAUUACUUCAAUUUUCCGGAGCAACAGACACUAUUAGUGACAGUAAGUGUAAGUUAGUAGGGUGUUUACUCCAUUAUACGUUGUUGAGUAAGUUCUGUUGGAUGUUGAUAUAUGCUUUGUUGCAAUAUAGACGUUUUGUUAAAGUUUUUGGUGUGGCCCCUAAACAUUUGAUUUUGAAAUCGAUGGUUUUCGGUUGGGGUUUCGCACUUAUUCCUAUUUUCCUCACUCUCCUGAUAAGCCCAAAUGCUUACUCAAAAUCUACAAUUUGUUAUGUGCACGGCUUACCCCUAUACACAGCAGUUAUAUUUCCAGUUUCUAUUGUAAUAAUUUCCAAUUUGGUUGUUUUUAUAAUUGUUAUGUACAAUGUGACUACAAAAAAAGUGGAAUCGACUGUGGAAACUAAAUUCAGUAUCUUGCAGUUGUAUUUAGCAGUGCUAUUGUUCUCAGUUUUAGGAAUACCUUGGCUGUUUGCCAUUUUAGCAGAAUUUGUCAUGGAAAGCACAUUCAAAACAAUUUUACUCUAUUUCUUCUGUAUAACAGGUACUCUGCAAGGAUUCAUUCUAUUUAUUUUUUAUGUUGUUAUCAAUGAAGAAACUAGAGAUAGAUGGAAAAAAUAUUUUUGGAGAAAUUAUUAAAGGAACUCCAGUACAUUCCAUAAGUGUAUUUAUUAUAAGUGACCAAUGAAUGAUAAUUAUGUUUUAAUGUUUGUGCACUAAAAGUUGAAAAUGAUAUGAAGAUUUUGUCGAAAUAUACUAUUGAAUGUUUUAUCAUUAGAAAAUAUCAAUGACUCUAGACUGAUUUUCGUAGGAAAAAUAGCUGAAACAUCAAUAAAACAAAUAGUAAGUUAAUGAAUAGCUUAUAUUCUGUAAGAUUUCGGUUAUUUCAAUUGAACUAGAAAUUUGAGACUAAAUCAUAGAGCUGUAUACAAAUGUUCUUCGAAUAAAUAUAUCGACAAUUGAAA